GUUCAUUAUAAAAAAAAAAAAAACAAUGCGACUCCACAGAUUUCCUGGUGCGCCUCAAUCCGCCCGCCUUGGAGCGUUGUAUAUAAGCGUUGGGCGGGCGGCUGCACCAGCAAUCGAGCCUCAACCGGAUUAGCCAACAUUACCAAACGGACUUUCCCGCCGGCGCCAUGUCUAACGUCAGCUGCGUGUUGUUGUUGCUUCUGGUCGCGCUGAUGUUCUUCAACUGUUGUCACACGGCCUCCAUUCCAAGAAACUUCGAGUCCAGAUUGUCUGAUGACAUGAUGAUGGCGCCGAAGAAGCGGCCAUUCUGCAACGCGUUCACAGGAUGUGGACGCAAGAGGUCUCUAUCACCCGGAAUGCCACCACAAGAACUGGUGAAGCAGCGACAGUUGGUGGAUGAGGACUCGAUCGAAUCGCUGCUGGAAUCGGAGAACGCCAUCGACGAGCUGUCCCGACAGAUCUUCUCCGAGGCCAAGCUGUGGGAAGCUAUACAGGAGGCCGGCGCAGAACUCGCCAGGCGGAAGCAGAAGGAAGCUUAUAACAACUAAUCCAAUUAACAUUAUGCGUAAGUUCCGAAAUUAAACCCAGCUAAGGCUCAAGGCUCCAUGUAUCAAAAUUCUGACGCCUUAAAGUACUAUUGUGAAAAGUCUUUCGUAUUUACUGGUCUGUUUAAUAUUUUAAAUAAUAAUUAAAUCCCAAGAUUAUACGUCAAUGUACAGGCCAGAGCCCAGAAUAUUUUGAUUUUUGGAACGAAUUCAUUGUAUAGCGUCGAUUCUUGACGCCAUAAGCAAGUAUACUGGGUCAUAUUUCGGAACUCACCCUAUAUCUAAACGCCAGAUGGCGACCAAAGAUGGCGCAACAAAACUUUAAACAGCUAUGAAUCUAUUUAAUCUAACUCGAGUAGGACUCUGGAAGGUGAAGUAAUAAUUAAAUUAAAUCUUUAAUUAUUUUCUA